UUGGAGUAGCGGAGCCCAACUCAAUUCCCAUCGCCUUUCUCCUACACAUCGACUCUUCUUACCGCCAUUAGAGCUAGUGCUUUUUGCGUACGCUCCUCCACCGAAGCUACGGGAUCGACGCCCUAGAAAUGGCGAAGGAUCGGGACGGAUCCACCUCGAAAGGAGGAGGAGGAGGAGGAGGAGAAGAAGAAGAGAACGGAGACCGGGGCGAAGAGCCUCCGUCGUCAAAGCGAGAUCGGGAUCGGAGAUCGAAGAGGAGGAAGGAGGAGAGUACUGAGGACGACGGUUCAAGCGAUUCCGAGGAGGAUCGGGCACGAGCGAGGAGGAGGAGGAGGGGGAAGAGGAGCGGGAGCUCGCGGAGGAGCUCUCGAAGGAGGAGGCGUGGCUCGGAGAGCGAGUCCGAGGACGAGGGUUCGUCCUCGGGCUCGGAUUCGUACUCGGAGUCGGAGAGCGAGGGUUCGGAAUCGGAGGAGGCUGAGGGGGGCGAGGAUGAGGUGAGGCGGGGGAGGAAGGAGAAGAGGCGGAGGAGGGAGAGGGAGCACGAGAAGGAGAGGCGGAGGAGGAAGGAGAAGGAGAGGGAGAAGAAGAGGAGGAGGGAGAAGGAGGAGAGGAGGAGGAAGAAGGAGAAGGAUAAGAAGAAGAAGAAGAAGGAAAAGGAUGCGGGUAAGAAGGGAGCGGUUACAAAUUCCUGGGGCAAGUAUGGAAUCAUUCGAGAAAUCGAUAUGUGGAAUAAACGACCAGAAUUUACUGCGUGGUUAGCAGAAGUGAAGCAGGUAAGUUUGGAAACACUAUCCAAUUGGGAAGAGAAGCAAAUGUUUAAGGAGUUCAUGGAAGAUCAUAAUACGGCUACAUUUCCAUCUAAAAAAUAUUAUGAUCUAGAUGCCUAUCAUCGUCGCAUGAUGGAAAAGCAGAUGAAAAAAGGUUGGAAGAAAAUUCCGGCAGUGGAACGUACAGUAUUCAAUGAUGAAGAACAGCGUCGCCAAGAAUUGCUGAUAGAACGGGAAAGACAGAAGGAAGAACAAGUAGAGACUCUGAAGCGUUCAAUGCAAAGUGGAAUGGCUCAAGCAAUGAAGGAACAGGCUCGUCUAAGGGAGGAAAUGAUGUAUCAGUAUAAACUGGGUAACUUCGAGGCCGCAGCUGCAAUCCAGCGGAGACUAGAUCCUGAUGUUCCCAUGUGAGAUAGAACCCAGGCCUGCUACAUUAUGCUGCAUUUCAUUUUGUAACCUCCAUAGUUUAGUAAUUUUAGAUCAUAUUAUCAGAUAAUCUUUUAUCAGCAAUUUUCUUGUGGUAUCUUAAAAUCAAAGGUCUUUUCCUCCCAUUAAUUUAUAGAUGUGGACACACAUAAGUAGAUUAUGUUGCUAAUGGUGGUGGAGAUGUUUUAGUACCCAUGCAACUGCGAGAACCUUCAACUCCUUCAAUUUCGACAGGUUCUGUUUAUUUUCCUUUC